UGGUUAUCCGCUUGAAUUUGAUUCGUGUGUGUGUGAAAAGGCACUAAAAAAUCCUACAAAAUGUCAAAAAAAGACCUAUAAGAUGUCAACUUGCAUACUACAGGUAUGUAUGUAUGUAGGUAGUUUUUAGGGUGCAAACAGUCAUUCCACGUUUGCUCACUUGGGUCGUUGUAAGCGCGAUCCAAAACGUCCAUCUAUGGAGGAAUAACUGAACGAUACGAGAUACUUUUCUCUUCCCAAAUAUGUAUUAUUGGUUGCAGAGAGCCACUUAGUUCAUAGACCUCAAUGUGUAGGUUUAAAAUGUGAAGAACGAAAGUUUGGUUGAGUAGCAAGACCGCAUCUGGAUGAUUGUAUUGGUCUGCAUGUGUAUAAAAAAGUGAUAUUUGAUAUAUCUAUUAGCUGUGCCAGAUUAGUUAGUUGUGUUGUUCUUUCUGAAGGAGUGCGUAGAGGUGUGUAACUCUACAGUUAGCAUGUGUAUGACUUGUAAUUCGACAGUGUACAGUGAAUAUAAUUGCAAUAUGUGGCAGUAUACAUGCACACUUCACAGAGGAAAACAGCUCUCUAUAAACAGUGAAUUGAAGAAGUCAUCAGUCAGUUUUCGUUAAUACAAAUAUAUCUACGUCAAGCAAAGGGUUGCCAAAUCAUCAUCAUCUCUUGGCACCAUUCGUCAAAUGAACAUCCUAGGGGUAUGAUGGGAAGAAGAGGGACCUCUUUACUUUAUCCUCUACCAACAUUAGCAACACUUCGCAAUGAGUUUGGUAUGAGGUACCUCAUCAGAAGCACGCUACGAUAACUGUACGAGAAUGUAUGUGC